CAACACAGUCCGAACUUCAUCGCAUGCCUCUCCGGGCGGCCCAUCCACUAUAGCUGCUCAUAUCCAAUGAGCAUUUUUCACCGGGCGCCACCGGAAACCUUCCCGCGGCUCAUUGUGGAGAGCACAGGCAGAGCUGGGCGUCAUGAAUUAAAGAAAAGCCUGCAUUUACAAAUCUGAUCACCAAACCCCGCUGCAAGUGUGGUGUGGUUGGACCCGCGGCAGCAGAGCUGUUGCAGUGGAGAUGGUUUUGGACCCGGGUGAGGACUGUAUGGAUCGGACAGACGUCGACGGGGUCGGAGGGAGCAGCAGCACCACAGACCUGACGGGUCCAGAACCAAGACCGGACCCUCGCAAAACCACCACAACCGACAGCACCGGACUAGAAAACACCAGCCCAGAGCCUCCCAUAACCACCACCAACACCGGACUAGAAAACACCAGCCCAGAGCCUCCCAUAACCACCACCAACACCGGACUAGAAAACACCAGCCCAGAGCCUCCCAUAACCACCACCAACACCGGACUAGAAAACACCAGCCCAGAGCCUCCCAUAACCAACAGCACCAGACUAGAAAACACCAGCCCAGAGCCUCCCAUAACCAACAGCACCGGACUAGAAAACACCAGCCCAGAGCCUCCCAUAACCAACAGCACCAGACUAGAAAACACCAGCCCAGAGCCUCCCAUAACCAACAGUACCGGACUAGAAAACACCAAACCGGAUGCCCCCAAAACCACCACCAAUAGCACCCCCACUAGAACAGAAGAGACCAGGCCUGACACUACCAAAACCACCACCAACAGCACCCCCACUAGAACAGAAGAGACCAGGCCUGACACUACCAAAACCACCACCAACAGCACCCCCACUAGAACAGAAGAGACCAGGCCUGACACUACCAAAACCACCACCAACAGCACCCCCACUAGAACAGAAGAGACCAGGCCUGACACUACCAAAACCACCACCAACAGCACCCCCACUAGAACAGAAGAGACCAGGCCUGACACUACCAAAACCGCCAAAAGAACAGAGGAACGAACAGCGGAUCCUCCCACCACCACCAACACUAGGCUCCACGCCAGGACAAGCCGUGUCACUAAGAGGGAGCGGGUAUCCAACUCCCACAAUGGACCCCAGCCUCAACCUCAGUCGUUGGUGGCAGAUGUCAGCCUUACGCCCAGCCCUAGGGCCAGUGUUGGCUCCUCUACCAACUCCUCUCGCUCAGUCUUGCCAUACGAUGGACCGGUUGGCUCUCUGCGGCGGGACGUCACCGUGGCAACGGCCUCGUCUCGGAAUAAGGUGGCGACCAGACCCGCUCUCCGCCGGCCUCUCAGCCUGGACGUGACGCCCUUGCGCCUCCGUGGCUCCGAGCCCGCUCUGGACCGUGGGGUCCUACAACCCCCCUGGCGCAGCGCUGGUGGUCCCUCCACUGCCCCCUCGCCCCCAGCACGCUCCCUCACCAGCCCCAGCCUGGGCCCCGGAGGCUGGAUGCGCCGCAGCGAGAGCACCUGUACCGUCAACAACUCCUCAAUGGGCCUCCGGGCCACCAGGGGGCGUAUGCGUCCAGCCACCUCCCUUCCCCACAUUGCCCGGGGGUUUGGAGGGGCCUCCCCGCUGCCCUUGCCCUCCACACCGCGAGGCCCCUGUCUCCUUGUGGCCCUAAGACCCAUUAACCUAGACCAGGAGAGGCAGGCCUUCUUCCAGUCCGACUAUAAAUACGACCCCCAGUUUGAGUACUCGACCCUGGAGCCCAGCGCUGUGCUGGAGAAAUACAAAGAUGGAUCUGACCUCUUCCUCGCACAGGCUGUUGGGAUUAUGGAGUGUAUUCUGAGGAAGUUUGGUAACUAUGAGAACUUUGAGGAAGUGACGGGAGGAAGUAUUUUACCAAAGAGUCGAGUCUGGGCUGCUGCACGCAAGUACCUGCAGAAGGAGAACUGUGUAGGAGAGGUGGUGGUGUGUCUGUCUGAUGAGCUGCUGUCCCAGGCGGUGAUGAUGGUGGAGAGCUGUCGUCCCACUCUGACUAUCAACCUGUCUGGAGCACGACAACACUGGCUGGAGGGCAUGCUCAGGCAUGAGAUAGGAACCCACUACCUUCGGGGUGUGAACAACAACCUCCAGCCCUGGUCUACUUCCGCAGGCAGGAAGCAGUAUGGCCUCAAACCGGCCAAUCCCACGGAAGAAGGCCUGGCCAGCCUGCACAGUGUGUUGCUACGGAAACAGCCCUACCUGUGGCGCGCCGCUCUGCUCUACUAUACGGUGUAUCACGCCACCAGGAUGGGCUUCAGCCAGCUCUUCAGCCACAUUGCUCAGUUCGUCCAGGAUCCCGCGGUGCGCUGGGAGUACUGCCUCAGAGCCAAGAGGGGACAGACGGACACCUCGGAGCCUGGCUGUUUCAGUAAAGAUCAGGUGUACCUGGACGGAAUCCUCAGGAUUCUACGACAUCGGAGGAACAUCGACUUCAAGAUGCUGACCUCGCUAGGCAAGGUGUCGUUUGAGGACGUAGAAAGGCUACGGCACAUCGCUGUCCUGCGCCGGACCAGAAUCCCUCACUUCAUGCAGGACCAGGAGAAAUACCUUCAGAAUCUGGACAACAUCGUCACGGUCAACGAACUGAGCGACGCUCAGCUUAGAGAACUCCUUCCCUGACCGACCGACCGACCGA